AUGUCAACAAGGUGCAUCCUCCUGUUGCGAUUGGCAUUGACUAGUGACGUGACCCUCAAGGAAAAGGAACUCAAAGUCUUGAGAGAGUCCGUAGAAGCUGCUUCCAUCGUACGCGUGCGUGGGGAGUACAACAUCAAUGGCACCUGCUCGUGGCCAGACUGUGCUCCAGUGUGCGAGGCAUGUGACAACAAAGCUAUGGGCACCUGCAUGAUACCUGGAGUCAAUGAGUGCCCGUGGUCUUCCAAGUGUACAAUGGGCACUUGCUUUUGCAGCAAAGGUUACUGCGGGGUGGAUUCAACCUGCAAAUUCCGGACCUGCACCUUGGGCGCACAACCGCCACCUUACGUGGCUGGAAAUCUGGUCCAGGAGUUUGCAAGUCUCGGCGGUGAGAUUCCGCCCUACAAUGCGGAGAAAGAGGAAUGGGUGGUCUUCAUGAAUGGCUGCGUCAAGUUGCCGAUGUUCGUUCUGUGCAUAGGAAUGUCCAUUGCAAUCCUGACAUGCGUCUGCAUUUGCUGCCAACUGGAGUGCGAAUGCAACUGGUUCCCUACGGCUCCAGUGGUCCUCCUGUCGCUUUGUGGCGUCACAGUUGCAGUGAUUGUGCUUGGCAUUGUGACACGUGGCAUUGUCGUCAAUGAAAACAUGAACAUGAUUGAAGAGCAGCUCAGAAGAGUCGACAAGACCCUGGAUGGCUCUGUUGAUCUGGCGCACAAACUCAUAGACAUGUGCAUGGACUUCAAGGCAGUUGUGGACGACUUGCCGAACACGUGCAAUGGGAUGGUGCCUGGUGCCAAAGAAGUGAUGGCGAUGGCCAGUGAGAAGGCCAAUGAGAAGCUAACAGAGAUGAAUGAGAAGGUAGAUGCCUUUGCAAGGGUAGCGCAUUCUGCAAAGUCUGCCAUGGUGAUCCUUUUGGGGAAUUUCCAUGUGGUGAAGGUGCUCACCAUUGCGGGACCCAUGGUUCCGCUGAUCCUCAUGGGUCUAUGGACGCUGGCCAUCGGCAUUGCCACCAUCAUUUCUUGGCAGAGCAGCAAUCCUCAUGUCGCAGAGCGUGCAGAUGAUGCUGUGAUCAGGUUCGGGAGUUGCGGCGCAUGCUGCAAUACGAUCAUUGCCAGCAUGCUGGCCAGCACUUACCUCUUCGUUGGCAUCGCAGUAGGGGGCUUCUGCACUCACUUAGACACGAAUGUGAUCAGCUUGGUGAAAGUGGUGAACUUCACAGAGUUGACCGAUUUCCCCGUGGUGAUCGACCCUGUGCUGGAGGGUGCAGCAAAGUACUACAUCCUCGGCAGCCAGGAGAAUCCCAUGAUUUCCAUGAUUGAAGAUGUGGAGCGCGAUGCACACGCUCUCUAUUCGGUCUACAGCAAUGCUACUUGGGCUGUCGAGCCCGCAAAGAUGGUUUGCAACGGCGUGAAGAACCUGAACGCUUCUGACGCCAUGGAUGCCUGUCACGAGCCGCAGCACCCAGCGGGGCAAAUCUUCACCUUGGGAAGGUAG